AUGGAAUCAUUCUCACGUAUCCUUCCGAUCUCCAAGUCGCGGUUCUCACCAGAGCUUCGCGACGCGCUUCUGGCUACCUCCCCUCUCGUGUUCGAAGAGAAUCUGGACGCGUCCUACAUCUCGAGAGAGCCGAAUCAAUACACGCACAAUCCCACGCGCGCCGGCGUAGCAGUGACCCCGAAUGCGCGUUUGGUUGUGAUGGCCAUGGGCGCUAAGAAGAUCGAUAUCCCACUCGGUGAUGCACGAUGGCGCGAAGCAGUGGAUGUGACGAGCGACAAGAACGAUAGGGUCAUCUUCAAGGUGCAUCUGGGCGUUGCUGGAACUGGCACGAAAGGCAGUUCUCUGGAAAUCCGGGUGAGGACAACGCAGGCUCGCAGAAUUGUCGAGAUUGCUCAGCAGGCGCGAGUGCAGUCAAGAGCAGAGUCUGUCCAGGCACAGGAUCCAUUUGCCCCUGGUGGACAAUCCCUAAAUGUGACGGUUAACGUUCAAUCGACUAUGAAUACUCCGACACAGCCGAUGCAGCGUGGCCUUUCGAGGAAGCCCGUACCAGGCUCUCCGAAUGUUACCAGCGCUACGCCAGGAGUCUGA